AUGACAGAAGCUCCUAAACCAUUACCUUUCUUCUACCAAUUCGCCUCUGGCGCCAUUGCUGGGGUUUCCGAGAUCUUGGUGAUGUACCCAUUGGAUGUGGUCAAGACCAGACAGCAAUUGGACAGCACCAAUGCCUACAAAGGCACCAUCAACUGCUUGAAGAAAAUUGUCAAGGAAGAGGGCUUUUCCCGACUCUACAAGGGCAUUUCUGCCCCCAUCUUGAUGGAGGCCCCCAAAAGAGCCACCAAGUUUGCUGCCAACGACGAGUGGGGAAAGGUGUACAGAAACUUGUUUGGCGUGCAGACGAUGUCGCAAUCGUUGGCAGUAUUGACAGGUGCAACUGCGGGAGCCACCGAGUCGUUUGUGGUGGUUCCGUUCGAAUUGGUCAAGAUCAAGUUGCAGGACAAAACCUCCAAGUUCAACGGCAUGGGCGAAGUGGUCAAGCACAUCGUCAAGACUGACGGGUUGCUCGGGUUAUACAAGGGUUUGGAAUCGACUUUGUGGAGACAUAUCUUUUGGAAUGCUGGUUAUUUUGGAUGUAUCCACCAGGUCAGAACCCUCAUGCCCCAACCCAAGAACUCAUCGGAAAAGACCCUCGUGGACUUGACCUGUGGUACCAUCGGUGGAACCUUCGGUACAGUGUUGAACACCCCCUUUGAUGUCGUCAAGUCCAGAAUCCAGGCUGGUUCCAGUAGAUACAUAUGGUCCUUCCCAUCCUUGUUGAUUGUGGCCAGGGAAGAGGGCUUCGGUGCUUUAUAUAGAGGUUUCAUUCCCAAGGUGUUGAGAUUGGGUCCAGGUGGUGGUAUUUUGUUGGUGGUCUUCACGACUUGCAUGGACUUCUUUAGAACACUUCAAGAUUAG